UAUAAUUAGCCGCUAUCUGAUCGCCGCCGCGGCCUCGGCGCGGUUGCGUCAUGGUGGUAAGAAAGCUCGCGGGAAACCUCAGUUAUCUAUAUUAUGUCAAAACGUGGCAUAAUCGGAUUAAUCAUACUCACAAGAGGAGGUGCGGUGCACAAUUAUAAAUAAAUUUAUAGGCGUUGGGCCCUAUAAUUGAUGGCAGUAUUAACAGUUCACUAAUGAUAUAGUUAAGAGGGUAAUUGGGUAAGGGUGGGUACGUGAAAUUUAUGGCGUCAGCAAAGAUGUCCCAAUUACAAACUUGAAGUGACAGUGUCGACGGAGUCCCUAGCAGUUUGGCAGUUGGACAAAUUUCGCCAUAUUUACGGGGUUAAACGUAACGGGAUUGGGCAUUUUUUACAGCUGGUGCUGUAGUUAUCUUCUACUGCUGACUUUUUCUGAUAAAAGAUAGUCAUACUGUGUUAAAGAGAGACCAAAGAUUUUAAUCAGAGUUCAGUGCAUGUCUUUCGGCAUAUGACGAAUAAUCUUCAUUCCUAGACGAAAACCUGUGACUCCUGCGACCCAGGUUAGCGGGUAAAAUGACCCUGUACCGCUAAACUACCACAUAUAAAUAUCUCUUUAAUAUUGUGAAACAUAGCCCAUUAAUCCUCAAAACUUCAUUUAUCAGCCCAUUCAUCUUCAAGCUCUUGACAAAUGUGAGUAAGCUUCUGUGUUUUGUUAAACUUUUCAAUGAAUAGGCACAAAACAAAACGAAAGACGCGCUCCGAUGCUCCCGUCAUCUGCCAUCUCCGUAUCGCGUUUAUGUCUAUUAUGUGGUCGAUCACAAUUUGUCCCUUUCACUCAGUAAGAGCCGGAGAAAGAUGCCAUCGUAUUAAGAAACUGCCGCUGGCGCAGCUUAUUCACAAAGCUUCGACUUCGCUACAAUCGAACUGCUCUGACAUCCAAUUACGUAAAGUUAUUAUGGUCAAGUUAUGCCAGUGCAGAGACUGUAGACGAAUACCAGCGUCUACACAACUAACAAUUUUGAAAACUUAUUUGUACGCAUAAGAUCCACAAAUGAUUAGUUAAGAAUGUUGCUGUUUGUAGGUGCUUGGUGAAUGGUGGCAGUGAGGAGGCUGGUCGGCUGCGCGCGCACUGUAGUUGGACACCCCGUGGUGCGCGCGCGUCUCGGUCGCUCUUUCCCUCGAUCUGUCGCUCGAUCGAUCGUUCGAUCUCACGUGUCUCGCGUGUGCAUUUCCAUUUGGAUUAACUUUUUUAAAUUGAUCGCGACGCCACGGUGUCGCGCGAUGGGCUGACUCUUUCACCAUGGAGAAGGAGAGUCGCGAGCGCAUCGGGCGCGGGCGCGAGGCGCGCGGCACGUCGCCCCGCGCGGCGCUGCGCCGCGUGCUGCUGCUGGCUGAGGGGAGGCAGUUCCGCGAGGCGGCCGCGGUGGUGGCGAGGGCGGGGAGCGGGGUGCUGGCGCCACUCGCCGCUGAUCUACCGCUGGACCUGCUAGCCGACAGCCUGCCGCACUCCGCUGUGCUGAUCGAGCUGCUUCUCAACAGGCUGGUGGAGUUGGACGUGUCACCGCGGCCGUCGCUGCCGGUGGAGGCGCUGGCGUGGCGGCUGGCGGCGCUGCUGGGCGGCCCGGCGGGCGCCGGCGAGGCUGCGCGGCUGGCGGGCGCGGCGAGAGCCUUGGCGCGCUACCAGCCCGCGCUGCCCGCGGCGGUGGACGCGCGGCGCCGGCAGCUCGACCAGGCCGUGCACGGUCUCGGCACGCAUGGUCUGACAGCGGCCGCAGGCGACGGCGGCGACAGCGAGCUGGUGUCGCUGCACUCCGCCCUGCGCGACGCGCUCACCGCUCAUGUCGAAGCGUACAAGCAAGCGCUACACAAAGUUCAGGAGCUGAGCGCCGUGACGGCGGUGACGGCGCCCGCCGCGUCCUCGCACCAGCGGCUGCUGGCGCUGCCGGCGGCGGACGUGGAGCGGCGGCUGAUCGACAACGCGUCGCUGCUGGCGGCGGUGCGGCGCGCGCCGCCCACGCUGGCGGCGCUGGCGGCGGCGCUGGACGCGCGCGUGGCGGCCGACAAGCAGGUGCUGGCGUGCGCGGGGCUCGUGCGCCGCGCCGACCCCCACAAUCAUAAACCACCCCCCGCUAACGACACCAGGCCGGUGGCUGGCGUGCUGAUGAGUUACUCCCGCGGCUGCGCCACGCUACUGUCCCUGAUGACGGACGGCAAGGGCCCGGCGCCGUCCGGCACGGAGCCAGAGCCGGGACCGGAGCCGGAACACGCGCCGGACCCGCCGCGCUCGCCGCCCGACUCGGCCAGCGACGGCUACCACUCCGACAGUGACCACUCGCACCCCGCCCCCGACAGGAGCAGCGUGGUGGCGGGCGCGGUGGCGGCGUACGGCGAGGCGUGGGCGGGCGCGGCGGCGCGCUGGCUGCCGGCGCUGGCCAGCCUGCCUUCACUGCGGCGGGCGCCGGCGUUGCCGCACAAGAUCGUCUUCUCCGUGGUGGUGUUAUCGUUCCGCGCGGCGAUAAGUCUGCGCGACAAACGACUGGCCGAGGUGAAGGCGCUGCUGGGCGCCGACGACCCCCCGCGCCCCCCGCAGUCGACGGCGGGGGAGGACAGCGGCUCCGAGGGCGCGGGAGCGGAUGAGGAGGCGUUAGCGCGGCUGACAGCGGCCGCUACGAGAGUAUUACGGGCGAAGGCGCAUGUCACACCGCUGCAUGAUGCCGAGCGAACCGUCGUCACACAGGUGGCGAGCACAUUACGCGAGUACACGGGCCUAGCGGAGAGCACAGCGCUGCGCGCGCUGACGGCGGCGUGUUGUCGCGCCGCGUGGAGACUGGUGCUGGCCGCGCCGCAGCUCCGACUCGACACCGACUUCACCGCCACACGCUUCGACCCCGAGAAGCACGUGGUGUGGGUGGCGGGCGCGGGGCGCGCGGCGGCGGCGGGCGGCGCGCGCGGGCAGCCCAUCCGGAGCUUCGUGUGGCCCGCGCUGCUCGACCACCAGCGCGUGCUGUUCCGCGCCGUCGUGCUGGUGUGACCUGACCGGUGCGCGCCCCACACCGCCACGCCCCAGGCCAUCCACGAACACGCGUACUUUGACUCAUAUUGUCAUCUUAUUAAAGGUUACGUACGACAAGUCUGCGCGUCAUCCUGGAUGACACGAACUAUACACAGGCUACUUCGAGGUUCUUGCCAUUGUUUGAGCGGCAACUCUCGACGUCCAGAGCUGUCACAAUUGAGGCUGCCUUAUCUUACGAAAGGCGCUAGGAACCUCUGAAUAUUGUCGCUGAGACAACGUACAAAAUGGUACUGAAAUUAAAUUCGUUGACCUUACAUCGUGUAAGUAAAUGCACAUGAACAGUGUGUUGAGAACAAUGUAAACGAUCACACGGCGAGCUUUUUUUGAAUCCGUUCGUUUUAGGUAAAAGCUCUAAGCGAGGAUGAGGAGGAGGAGGAUUUAGCUCAAAUACGAGUGCCUUGACCAAAUAGUUACAACAUUUUAAAUAAGAAUCUUAUAAGAUGAUUUCUUAUAAUAAAACUCAUGUUUAAUUUAGUUACAUAUUUAUUUAGUUUUAAGUGUACAUUGUUAUUUUAAGAACAAUAAAAAAUAUUCGUUAGAA